UUCUCAUAUCAUUCGAAUAUGGUAAGAAACAUCCCUGCAUCAGUGCUCAAUGCGUCGAUGCUCCUGGUGUUGCGCCUGAUGCCUUCGACGACUUCAUCCGAAAUCACGAGAGAUCGUUGAAUGCUAGCACAGUUGCGAGAAUUAGAUUCGCUGCAUCGGCGACGGUUCUCCGAACCAGUCUAAAGAAGCAACUUCUUAGCUUGGAGCCCAUCGAUAGAUUCCAAAAGGACUGUCAGUUUGCGCCACUCGUUUAGAGGUUGCGACUUCACUGUCGUCGAAACUCGAAAGAAUUGCUCCGACGAUUCUUGUGUUUCUCUGAUUGCUGAAAUAUUUGCGUCGAUAGGAAAGCUGUCUAACGACAUGUACGAAGGCUGAGAGCGGUAGAGAAGAGGUUUGUGGAUGCGAACGCGUGAAUUAGUGUGCGGUUUGAGCUAAAUUGAAUAACCUCGUGUCCAGUGAAGUGUUUGAGUGAAGUCCAUGUCGAGUUGCAAUAGCCGAAACAGCGCUUGAAACAGGAAGAUCUCCAGAGUAUCUGCUGAGACCUUGCGAUGGGUUGGUUUCUUCCAAGUCAUAUAGAUCAGGGCUUCAUCUUUGGUUUACUUGGGUUGUGGCACAUGUACAACAAUUUGAACAACUAUGUGAAGUCGCCAUCCGAGUUCCGGAGCUCGACGUGGUUCCCUGCGCUGGGACGUGCAAAGCCGGUAAAACCCCUGGAGCUAUGGAUCCUCCUCACCAUCGUAGUGAUUUUCAUUUUCAAGCAGCUCUCGCACGCAACCUCGGACUUCGCGGCUGGAUCCAUCAAGAUGGAACACCUUGGCCGCUUCCAGCACGUCAUCUUCGCAUUGUUUUUUCUAGUCUACGCGAUUGUGGGGCUCGUGGACGAGUACACGACGUUGCUGCGCUUGCCCGUCGGAGCGCUCCACUGCACCUUCGCCACCGGCUUUCUUAUGGAGCUUGUGGUGUUCCACUUUGGCCACCACCCGGGGGAUGAUGUUAAGAGCUUCGUGCAUAUGCUGAUGCAGAUUAUUCUUGUGUUCCUGGUGCUGCUCAUGUUCCUUGAGGUUUUAUACCCACACAGUAUCCUCGUUUCCGUUGGACGGUGCAUUAUGCUUAUCUUAAAGGGCACCUGGUUUGCCCAGAUAGGGUUUCUAAUCCACUACCCAUCUUUUGUUCCGUUGGGGUGUCACACGACGGAGGAAAUGGAGUAUCCUAUCUGUCCCACGCAUGAAGUCCUGAUGCGGGCGAAGUCACUGCAAGUGCUCAUCUUCAACUGGCAGUUGCUGUGGAUUCUGGUGUGCACUUUUAUUGGGUAUGCAAUUCUCGUGAGUGGGACUAAGAAAAGAGGGUCGUUUACCCCAAGAUUGAAGCCAAUUCUGCCUAGUAUAUUGACGCCGGGCCACCGAAGGGCUCUCACUCCUGGAUCCAAACAGAAGGAAGAGUCGGUGUACUUCCAGGUUCCUGAUGUGGUAGAUGGGAGUGACAGCGGAGAAUCGGAUGGCGAGGAGUCAGCCACCGCUAGCGCCGUCAAGUCUUUGUCUAGGCGCGCGAGUAGACGCAAUGCGAUUGUGCAACCAAGAGUCGUCGAAUCGUCAUCACACACUCCACAAGAGCAAUUGUGAUAUAAGCAGAUGUAUGUAACUACGGAAUUUUACAGGUGUGAAACAAUAUUUUUCGGUGGUGGAUCGGCUUCCGAGUGAAACAAUUCAUUGUACAUUGUGAUCAGUGCUUAUCGGAAGUGAAAAUACUAAACAUGUGUAAGAAUAGCAUCUGGUCUGGCCACUGUCAUUUAGGUCCCGGGCAAUAUCUAAGAGGUGGGGGUAAACAGAGCCCUAAUAAGGAUUGACAGGCAGGAUAUGACUAUCAAAGGUCAAGUCUAAGGCCAUCACGUACCCGGCACAUGGGACCCAGCGGAUCUAAAGACGAUCUGCGUGUUCUGCACAGUCAAGCACCUGACGGAAAUUCUUCACUUAGCCAUGUGACGUGUGAUGAGCGCAAAAUGCAGCAAGAAUAUAGUUUAGGUACUGGCAUUCGACUGUAAUAAGUGGUAUUUGUUUAGCUCAGGGUGCCUGGAAGUGCAACACCUUAUCCCUACGUCUAUUUCAAAAAACCAACACUUUCGGCAUCCACAUAAUGCAAAGCAGUGUUGAACAAAUGUAUUGCAAAAACUGUACAAGCACAUCGAGUAGUCAUCUAUGAUAAAACAGCUCUGUACUGCAACAGCAAUACAAGUUAUCUAAUCAACUGUAGACGCUCUGCAUAAACCCAUAAUUUAAUAAAUCAUUUCUAUACUUCAGUGCUUGAA